UCCUCUUCUUCCUCAGGAUGGGUCAGAAGAACAUCACAAUGUCCCACAGGAUGAUCAGGUUUCUACAAUACAGGAUCCGCUCAGUGGAUAUCUUCUAUAUAAGAUCCUUCUCCUGACUGACCCGUCAAGGAUAGAUUGGGACAAGAUGGCAGAGAGUAUAAUAAAUCUCACUCUAGAGAUCAUCUUCCGGCUUACUGGAGAGGACUACACAGUGGUGAAGACCUCUAGAGGGCGCUGUCAGGCCCCCGUGUCUGAAGGAUGGGGAAAAACCCUGAGCCCAAUCACGGGGCCUCCACCUCACCCCCUGAUACAUGAGGAGAUCAAUAGAGAGAAGAUCCUAGAACUCACCAAGAAGAUGAUUGAGCUGCUGACUGGAGAGGUUCCUAUAAGAUGUCAGGAUGUCACUGUCUAUUUCUCCAUGGAGGAGUGGGAGUAUUUAGAAGGACACAAAAAUCUGUACAAGGACGUCGUGAUGAAUGAUCACCGGCCCCUCACACCACCAGUUAAGGAAAAGAGAAGAACACAGGAGAGAUGCCCCAGUCUUCUUCUUACACAGGAUGGUUCAGAGGUCCUACAGGAUGAUCAGCUUGUGAAUCCGGGUGAAGAUCUGAAUAGUAUUAAGGCUACAGAGACAGAUGUGAGGGGUGAUGAGCAGAGUAUAGAGGACAUUCCUACAGAUAACAGCCCAGAUGACUGUACCAGGAGCUCAGUGGAACAUUUGAUAUCUUCAGAUUUUAAGACAGAUAAUUAUGAUAUAAAGCAAGAUAUAUAUGAAGUGCAUGCUAUUAUCCCAGAUGAAACCCCGGCCUUUCAUAGGAAAGAUCUAUCAUCUGAUCCUUUGGUUCAAGUCGACUCUAAUGAUUCAUUACGGACCAUUAGGCAAAAUAACUGUCAAAGAAGUAGUGUUCAACAUCAAAGAACUCACACAGGAAGGAAGCAAUUUGCAUGUUCAGAAUGUGGGAAAAGUUUUAAAACAAAAUCUGAUUUUGUUAAUCAUGAGAGAAAACACACAGGGGUAAAGCCAUUUUCAUGUUUAGAAUGUGGGAAAGGUUUUAAGUACAAAUCCAAACUUGUUAUACAUGGUAGAAUUCACACAGGAGAGAAGCCAUUUUCUUGUUCAGAAUGUGGAAAGGGUUUUAAAAAUAAAUAUGAACUUGUUAUACAUGAAAGAAUUCACACAGGUGAGAAACCAUUUUCAUGUUCAGAAUGUGGAAAAUCUUUCAACCAGAAAGCAAAUCUUGUUACACAUGAGAAAAUUCACACAGGGGAGAAGCAAUUGUCAUGUUCAGAAUGUGGAAAGGGUUUUAACUAUAAAAGUCAUCUUAUUAUACAUGAAGCAAAGCACACAGGGGUAAAGCUUUUUUCAUGUUCCAAAUGUGGAAAGGGUUUUAACAAUAAAUACAGUUUUGCUAUACAUGAGAGAAUUCACAAAGGGGUGAAGCCAUUUUCCUGUUCAAAAUGUGGGAAAUAUUUUUCAGAUAAAUCACUACUUGUUAGACAUCAAAGAAUUCACACAGGGGAGAAACCAUUUUCAUGCCCAGAAUGUGGGAAAUGUUUUACAGAGAAAUCAUAUCUUGUUAGACAUCAGAGAAUUCACACAGGGGAGAAGCCAUUUUCAUGCCCAGAAUGUGGGAAUUUUUUUACAUAUAAAUCAGAUCUCGUUAUACAUGAGACAAUUCACACAGGGGUAAAGCGAUUUUCAUGUUCAAAAUGUGGAAAAGGUUUGAAAUCUAAAUAUGAUCUUGUCAAUCAUGAGAGGAUACAUACAGGGGAAAAGCCAUUUUCAUGUUUAGAAUGUGGAAAAUGUUUUACCAGUAAUUCACAUCUUUUUAGACAUCAGCGAAUUCACACAGGAGUAAAGCCAUUUUUAUGUUUAGAAUGUGGGAAAAGUUUUAAUGAUAAAUCUGAUCUUGUUAAACAUGAGAGAGGUCACACAGGGGAAAAGCCAUUUUCAUGUUCAGAAUGUAGGAAAUGUUUUAUAGAUAAAUCAAAACUUAAUACACAUCAUAAAAUUCACACAGGGGAGAAGCCAUUUUCAUGUUCAGAAUGUGGGAAAUGUUUUAUAGAUAAAUCAAAACUUAAUAAACAUCAUAAAAUUCACACAGGGGGGAAGCCAUUUUCAUGUUCAGAAUGUGGGAAAUCUUUCAACCGUAACUCAAAUCUUGUUACACAUCAGAGACUUCACACAGGGGUAAAGCCAUUUUCAUGUUCAGAAUGUGGGAAAUCUUUCAACCGUAAAUCAUGUCUUGUUACACAUCAGAGAAUUCACACAGGGGCGAAGCCAUUUUCAUGUUCAGAAAGUGAAAAUUGUUUUACAGAUAAAUCAGAACUUGUUAAACAUCAGAGAAUUCACACAUGGGAGAAGCCAUUUUCAUGUUCAGAAUGUGGCAAAUCUUUCAACCGUAACUCAAAUCUUGUUACACAUCUGAGAAUUCACACAGGGGAGAAGCCAUUUUCAUGUUCAGAAUGUGGCAAAUAUUUCAAUCGUAACUCAAAUCUUAUUAAACAUCAGAAAAUUCACACAGGGAAGAAGCCAUUUUCAUGUUCAGAAAGUGAAAAAUGUUUUAUAGGUAAAUCUGAUCUUGUCAAUCAUGAGAAUCAUACGGGGGAAAAGCCAUUUUCAUGUUCAGAAUGUGGAAAGUGUUUUAACUAUAAAUCACAUCUUUUUAGACAUCAGAGAAUACACACAGGGAUGAAGCCAUUUUUAUGUUUAGAAUGUGGGAAAAAUUUUAACGAUAAAGCACAUCUUUUUAGGCAUCAGAGAGUUCACACAGGGGAAAAGCCAUUUUCAUGUUCAGAAUGUGGGAAAUGUUUUAUAGAUAAAUCAAAACUUAAUACACAUCAUAAAAUUCACACAGGGGAGAAGCCAUUUUCAUGUUCAGAAUGUGGGAAAUCUUUCAACCGUAAAUCAAAUCUUGUUACACAUCAGAGAAUUCACACAGGGGAGAAGCCAUAUUCAUGUACAGAAUGUGGGAAAUCGUUCAACCGUAAAUCAUUUCUUGUUACACAUCAGAGAAUUCACACAGGGGAGAAGCCAUUUUCAUAAUCGGCAUGUGGGAAAUGUUUUAGACCCGUUUCACACUAGCGGCAGGCUGUUCCGGCGGGUGAACAACCUGUCUGAUCCGUGCUGCCUCUAGUGAACGCAUGCCCCCGGUAGUCAAUGGGGCCGGAGCGGUAGUCCAGGGGCACGCGCUCACUAGCGGCAGCACGUAUCCGACAGCCUGCCGGAGGUCCUUGCCUUACUCAGAAAUCCACUCUUGUUCACCAUGAAAUUUUUCACAGAGAGGAGAAGCCAUUCUGAUAUGCAGUAUGUGGAAACUAAAAGUCGGCUGAACAUCAAAGAACCUGCACCGAAAAACAUUAUUUUUCCAUAACUUUAUGUCAGUAUGAUUCCAUUACAAAAAGGUCCCACAGAUGCACACAGCAUUAUCAGUCAUGAUAAUCCACCACUUCCUAUAUCCAGUAUGCACAAUCUUUCUCUCACACGGAGCGUGAUUCCAGCAAGGGACACGCUUAUGUUAAUAAGAGCCCUUAAGGCCUCUUUCAGACGAAUGAUAUAGAUUGUGUCCGGAUCUGUACCGGAAAAAAAUUAUGGUUUUGCACAUAAGUGCAGUCAGUUAGGUCUGCGAUUGUGUUCAGUGGUUAAUUAUUAUUAUUAUUUUUUAUACGGAUGCUAUCAGUUUUGUGUGGAAAAAAAAAAGAAUAACAAUCGACAUCUAGCAACCAUCAGUGAAAAACGCAUUGCAUCUGGAUGUAUUGCGUUUUUCAUGGGAGCCCCAUUCAUGUUUAUAGGACCAGGGCUGUGUGAAAAAUGCAGCUUAUAGAACAUGCUGCGAUUUUCACGUAACACAGAGAUGAUGCGUGAAAAACAACGCUCAUAUACACAGAGCCAUGGAAAUUAGUCAGGAUUCAAUGCGGGUGCAAUGAGUUCAAUUCACGCUUUGCACCCGUACGGAAAACUCGCUUGUGUGAAAGAGACCUAAAGGGAAUCUGUCAGCUAAUCUAACUAUAUAUAACCCAAGCUCAGGCUAUAUAGUGCUGCCUAACGCAAUGAAAAACAUACCAUUAUUCGUAUUAUGUGUACUUUUGAAGUGCAGAAAAGGACACAUUAAUCUAGUAUGUCUGUAGUAACUGUUUUGUGCAGUAAUGUUUACACUUUUUUUAACCACUAUCUGACUGCCCAUUGACUGUAAACGUUCCGGCUUAAUCUCUGAAUGGAUGCUCUGGAACGUCCAUUCAGAGAUUGCAGCUGCUCAGCUGGGGGCCCGCUGUCAGUGACAUCAGGGCUCCCCAGAGAGAAGCCAGGGACCGUUCCUGUGUGUCCCUGCCUUGUAGAUCGCUGCAUGCACAGCGCUAAAUGAGCAUUGUGUAUACAGAUCAGGAAGCACGAUGCACUUCUUGCUCUGGCCCGGGCAGUCAUGUGACCGUGGAAGUGCAGGAGUUACCGGGUCUUCAAUAGCCCAUGAUCAGCCCGGCAGUGAGGUUGUACAGCAUAGUAUACUGCUGUAAAGCUUCUCUGGGGGGGUUGUAUUCCCCCUAUAACUACUAUGUCAGCCCCAGUUACAGGAGAAAUCAAUAGUAAAAAAAAAAAAAUGAAUGCUAAAUGUUUAUAAAAAAAUAUAAAAAAAUUACAUGUAAAAAAAUGGCCCUUUUCCCCCAAUUAAGUAAUUAAAAAAUUGUUAAAAAUAGAAAAAAAAUAUACAUAUUUGGAAUCUCUAGGUCUGUAACAACCAGUUCUAUAAAAAUAUCACGUGAUCUUUACCGUCAGGUGAACAGUGUAAAAAAAAAAUAUAAUAAUAAAUAAAAAUGAUGCCCAAAACAGCUAUAAAGGACAUAUGUUGAAUGUUAAUUAAUAAGUAUAAUAUAAUAAGGUAUCACUAUCUUUCUUAAAGGGUUUGUCCGAGUUAUUUUAUUCUGUGUAAGUUUCUAACUGAUCAAAUGUAAAGGAUUUUCAAUUCGCUUCUGUCAUCUGUAGAUCAUGUGAUAUUUUUAUAGAGCUGGUUGUUAAGAAUGCAGCGUUACCUAAUAUGUUUGUUAUUUUGUUUAUUUC